AUGUCCGCUUCGGCCUUCGCGCGGUCCCGCGCCGCGCUGCGACGCAAGCCCAAGCCGGUCAAGAAGGCGCUGGACGAGGAGGAUCUGGAGGAGAUCAAGGAGGCGUUCCACCUCUUUGACACGGACGGCAGCGGCACCAUUGACGUGCGAGAGCUGAAGGCUGCCAUGCGGGCGCUGGGCUUCCAGGUCAAGAAGGCGGAGAUCCGGCAGAUGAUCGCCGACAUCGACAAGGACGAGUCCGGCGCCAUUAACCUGGACGAGUUCAUCGAGAUGAUGACGGGCAAAAUGAAUUCGCGUGACUCGCGCGAGGAGAUCAUGAAGAUCUUCCAGCUCUUCGACGACGACAACACGGGCAAGAUCUCCUUCCGCAACUUGAAGCGUGUGUGUACCGAGCUGGGGGAAACGCUGACGGACGAAGAAAUGCAAGAAAUGAUCGACGAGGCCGACCGCGACGGAGACGGACUCAUCAACGAGGAGGAAUUCUUCCGCGUCAUGAAGAAGCGCAGUGGCAACCCACUCGAUGAUCUAGACAGCGACGAUGAUUGA